AUGCCUAUUGUAAUGCACAAAUUAACUGAACACAAGAUAAAAAGCUCUGAAUUAAUUAGUAAACGUUUGGAAAGUGCAAAGGAUGUUCGCAAUUUAUUGUGGACAGCUGUGGCUGUUGCAGAGAGAAAAUUGGUUGAUAAUAGAAAGGGUGUUAAGAUUGUGGAUAAAGGGACACAGACUUGUUUGUUAGAAUUUAUUGCUCGUAUGGUUGGUGGGGCUUAUACUCCUUUUGCUUUCAUUAAGGAAGACAGUAAGAAUUUUAAAAGUAACAUGUUCCCUCCAUUAUCCUGGGUUUGGGGUUGGCAAGAAUUGGAGGCCUUAGGGGAGAGGUAUAGUAGAGUUAAACACGUUUAUCAUGAUUGA